UGCUCAGGUCUAUCCGGACCAGGGGCUGCUACGGGGAGCUGCUGGGUCGCGGCGUAAGUGGGCCGCGGGCCUGCAGGCCUGCAUGGAGGGACUGCAGGCCGCCACGGGUGGGCAUGUCUCCCUGCACAACUUCAGCGCGAGGCUGUGGGAGCAGCUGGUCCACUUCCAUGUCAUGCGGCUGACAGACUCGCUCUUCCUGUGGGUGGGAGCCACGCCGCACCUGCGCAACCUCGCCGUGGCCAUGUGUAGCCGCUACGAUUCCAUCCCUGUGUCCACCUCCCUCCUCGGAGACACUUCCGACACGACCUCCACUGGCCUUGCCCAGCGCUUAGCCAGGAAGACCAACAAGCAGGUGUUUGUCAGCUAUAACCUACAAAAUACAGACAGUAACUUCGCAUUACUUGUAGAAAACAGGAUCAAGGAAGAAAUGGAGGCUUUUCCCGAAAAGUUCUAGCUGAGUGGCAGAAGUGAGGAUUUAUAACUUAUGUACAAUAUACAUUUAAA